GUGUUCUUACAGUUGAUUUUUCCCCUCUGUCAGUAGUUUAACAGGAUCACAGUAUGCACCAUAAUGCUUUAAAACAGAAAAGCUUCUGGAAAACCCAAACAAAAGGAACGUCACCAGGUGACGUCAGCCUAUAUACAGUUCUGUGUGGUCGCGGCGCAUAAGCAAAUCCAUUCUUGUACCGUUUCCCUGAAAAGCUUUUCAGUAAAUGCACUCAUGCUACUACAGGAGCUUCUCUCAGCAAUAAGCCACCCAUCUGCCAUCAACAAGUUAAGACUAAAAGAACCCACAGCCGUGGAAAAAGACCGUGAGCUUCAAUUAAACCACAGAGCAGUCACAGGAGGAGGAAAAAAAACAACUUACAUUCAGCAUUGAUUCCACAAUUACAGACCUGUCACACGACAUCAAGCCAACGAAUUUAAAAGGAGUAUUUUGAGAGAGCAGUGUGGAUUCAGUCUUACAUUAAUAUCGAAGGACACUAGAAAACAGUAAAUUAUUCAAAGGCUGUCUUACACUGGAGCCUUUUACAGACUCACUGCGUUGAGUUUAAAACUACGACUGAAUGCAACCUCCAAUGUACUCAAAAGAAUGGGCUUACAUUUCAAGUGGCCAUUAGGGGCUCCUAUGCUGGCAGCACUAUAUGCAAUGAGUAUGAUUUUAAAAUUGCUGCCUGCCUUGGGCAUGGCUUGUCCACCAAAAUGUCGCUGUGAGAAGCUGCUCUUUUACUGUGACUCUCAGGUGUUUCACUCAGUGCCAAACACCACUGACAAGGGCUCUCUAGGUUUGUCACUGAGGCACAAUUAUAUUUCUGAACUUGAAAGGGAUCAAUUUGCAAGCUUCAGUCAACUUACUUGGCUUCACUUAGAUCAUAAUCAAAUUGCAACAGUAAGAGAAGAUUCUUUUCAAGGACUAUAUAAACUUAAGGAAUUAAUCCUAAGUUCAAAUAAAAUAUUUUAUUUGCCAAACACAACUUUUAGUCAACUGUUGAACCUGCAAAAUUUGGACCUCUCUUUUAAUCAGUUAUCCUCUCUGCAUCCUGAGUUGUUUUAUGGACUUCGCAAACUGCAAACCUUGCAUUUACGUUCCAACUCCCUGCGGACUAUCCCAGUCCGCCUUUUCUGGGACUGUCGUAGUCUGGAAUUUCUGGAUUUGAGCACAAAUCGCUUACGAAGUUUGGCUCGCAAUGGAUUUGCAGGAUUAAUCAAAUUGAGGGAGCUUCACCUAGAGCACAACCAGCUGACAAAGAUUAAUUUUGCUCAUUUCCUACGGCUAAGCAGUCUGCACACCCUCUUCUUGCAGUGGAACAAAAUUAGCAACUUGACAUGUGGGAUGGAGUGGACCUGGGGUACCCUAGAAAAACUAGAUUUGACUGGAAAUGAAAUCAAAGCCAUUGAUUUGACGGUUUUUGAAACUAUGCCUAAUCUUAAAAUACUCCUAAUGGAUAACAACAAGUUAACCACUCUGGAUUCCAAGAUCUUAAAUUCACUCAUAUCCAUAACUACAGUGGGCCUCUCCAGCAAUCUGUGGGAAUGCAGUCCAAAGAUAUGUGAAUUAGCCACAUGGCUGAGUGGUUUUCAAGGUCGGUGGGAGCACUCCAUACUGUGCCACAGCCCAGACCACACCCAAGGAGAGGAUAUUUUAGAUGCAGUUUAUGGUUUUCAGCUUUGCUGGAAUUUAUCAACUAUUGUUACAUCCAUGGUUACAAGUUACAGAUCUCCAACUACUGAGUAUACAAAAAGAAUAAGCUCAUCGAAUUUCCAUAUGGGAGACAAAGAAAUUCCAACUACUGCAGGCAUAGUUGUUACUACUGAAGAACAUUUCACUGAACCAAACAAUGCCAUCUUCACUCAACGGGUAAUUACAGGAACAAUGGCUUUAUUAUUUUCUUUCUUUUUUAUCAUUUUUAUAGUGUUCAUCUCCAGAAAAUGCUGCCCUCCCACAUUAAGAAGAAUUAGGCAGUGUUCAAUGAUUCAAAAUCACAGGCAACUCCGAUCCCAAACACGGUUACAUAUGUCAAACAUGUCAGACCAAGGACCAUAUAACGAAUACGAAGCCACCCAUGAAGGACCUUUCAUCAUCAUUAAUGGCUAUGGACAGUGCAAGUGUCAGCAGCUGCCAUAUAAAGAAUGUGAAGUAUAAUAUCUACAAGUCAUCAUACAAGUCAUCAAAAAUUAAAGCAGAUAAGUAACCUAUUUUAAAAUUGAUGGGGACCUACAUAUGAUUCUAAUUUUUACAAAUGUUGACAUAAACCCUAAUUUUCAA